AGCAUCAUCCUGCUUCCAAAACAUAUGCAGUGGGAGGAUCUCGGCUUUGUUCUCUGCAAUUCUGAUCCAGCAGACCAUAAAACCCAAGUCAUCUUCUGCCAUGAUUGGGAUGCUGUAGCAAUGGCGAAACAAGAUGAAUCUGUAGAGAUCUGGCACUCCCGAACAGAUGUGGCGAUUUUGCAAAGAGAGGAGAAACACCAGGUUAUGGCGCCUCAACUGGAUCGACCGAAAAGCCCUGUCCAAAGACUUGAAGCAAAGAGGAAGAAAAGUAGAGAGGCUCCGCUGCCGGAGAGAAAUCUCGAAGGAAGAGGCCCACCGACUGCAAACCAUAGCCGGAGGAGUUUGGAGCAAAGAAGUCAAAACCGUACCGUACCGUACCGUCGGUACGACCGUGUACAGGUCGAAAUUUCGGUGUACCGACCGAUUCACUGAAAUUUUGACCGGUACACAUUGCAAAUUAAAAGAAAAAAAGGAUUCCCUAGCCCAAGCUAAGGGCUUUUUCAUAGCUUGCAACCGUAAUACACAGAAGUUGUCCGU